CCAGGCGCCGUGCACGCUGAGGGGGCGUGGUUAGCAGGGAGAGCGCGCGACGGCAGUACGUUAUUCAGCUCCGGAGCUCGAGGUUGAAGAGUUUUCACCAUGCCGAUCCGUCGUGCAGUCAAUUCAUCCACCCAAGAAAGUGCGCCUAAAAACCGUGCCACUGACAGUGAAAAAAAAGCAGAGGCUGAUGCCAGCUCUGAGGAAUCUGCUUCCACUGGGGAAGAGCAGGAGACUGAAACGCCCCCGGCUACUUCCAGCGAGGCCGAGCAGCCCAAGGAGUCUGAGGCUGAUGAAGAGAAAAAAGCUGAAGGGGAAGUAGCAGAAGAGACCAAGAAAGAUGGAGAAAAGGAACCGUCAAAGGAAAAAGAUAAGAAAGUGAAAAAGACCAUCCCGUCAUGGGCCACUCUCUCUGCUAGCCAGAUGGCUAGAGCUCAGAAGCAGACUCAUAUGGCUUCCUCGUCUCGUCCAAAAAUGGAUGCCAUCCUUACAGAGGCCAUUAAGGCCUGUUUCCAGAAAUCUGGGGCGUCUGUGGUUGCAAUCCGAAAAUACAUUAUUGGAAAAUAUCCUUCCCUAGAGUUGGAACGGAGGGGGUACUUGCUCAAGCAAGCUUUAAAACGAGAACUGCAGAGAGGAAUUAUCCGCCAGGUGAAGGGAAAGGGGGCAUCUGGCAGCUUUGUGGUUGUGUCAAAUUCUGGCAAAUCGGCGCCAAAAUCCAAAGACAAAAAGAAGAACAGCUCAUCAAGUGCUGGUGAUCAGCCCGUGAAGCUGGAAGACAUCUUGCCUCUGGCCUUCACCAGACUUUGUGAACCUAAGGAGGCAUCCUACAGCCUCAUCAAGAAAUAUGUGUCCCAGUAUUACCCCAAGCUCAAGGUGGAUAUCAGACCCCAGAUGCUAAAGAAUGCCCUGCAGAGAGCAGUUGAAAAGGGUCAGCUGGAGCAGAUCACAGGAAAGGGAGCUUCUGGUACAUUCCAGGUGAAGCGGGCAGGAGAUAAACCUCUUCUGAGUGGAGGUGGAUUUGAGGAUGCCAUCCUCUCUGCCAUCACAGCCAUGAAUGAACCCAAAACUUGCUCGACGACAGCCAUCAAGAAAUACGUGCUGGAAAAUCAUCCUGGUGGAAACGCCAGCUUCCAGGUUCAUCUGCUAAAAAGAACACUGCAGAAGUGUGAGAAGAAUGGCUGGAUGGAGCAGAUCUCUGGCAAGGGUUUCAGUGGAACAUACCAACUCUGCUUCCCCUAUUAUCCCAGCCCCUACGUGCUGUUCCCUGAGAAAGCAGAGGAGCAGGAUGAAGAUGAAGAAUCUGGAGAUGAAUCUGAAGAGGAGGAAGAAGAAGAAUCCGAAGAGGAGUCUGAAGAAGAACCUCCUCCAAAAAGAAGGAUGCAGAAGAAAGCAGCUCCUCGAAAAUCCAGGUCCAGAGCCCCUCCACCCAAGCCCAAGAAGAGCGCACCUGCUCCUAAGGGCAAGGCAAAGAGUGCUCCAAAAAAGGCUCCUGCACCUCCACCUUCCAAAGCUAAAAAGGGCAAGUCAGCUCCCCCACCCCCUCCCCCUCCUGCCUCCAAGAAAACAGCCAGCCGGUCCUCCAAGAAACCAGUAACAGGAAAGAAGGAAGCAAAGCCUGCAGCAAAGGCCAAGGCAAGCCGCAGGAAGUCCCUGAGAACAAGGAAGUGAAACCAGGAAGGUGUAAAUAAAGCACCUUCAGGAUGAUGCGCAAAAGGAAGCGGUUCUAGUAAAUUUACAGAGAAGAGAAACCUUUUCUAAGUUUAAUGUGCAUUUUCAUUUUCUCCUUCUAAACUCCCGAAACCUUUCUGUACACUUCCUGAUGCAAUAUUAAGAACCUUUCUUUUCCUUUUUUCCUUUUCUUUUAUAGUUUUAGAUAUAGCCUAUGUGUGUACCUGCCAGUUUCCUCUCUAGCCUCAGACAGAAACCAGCAAGUGCUCUGCUCUCACUUUCUUUAAUCAUGUGUCCUUGCUCCUUUUCCAUCACGUGAUGUCAAGUGUUUAAACAACCUUUUAUUUAAAAAUGAAAAAGAUUCAGAUUUUUUUUUCUUUCUAUUUUUAGCUAAAAUGUGUUUUAUGUUUUUGUUUUGAUUACUUGAUCGUCAGGGAAUGUUAAAAGGAAUCCGUUAGAAGCCUGCUCUUCCACCUUCCAAAUAAAACGCUUUUUGUAGCAGUUUGGUUUACUGUCCCUGCUAUAUUUUUGUUCAUCCUGUCCACUUUACAACUGGUUGUUUUCAAAAAGGUGCUUACACAGUCCCCCUUCCGUCAGGCUGUCACAUGACGCUAAUGUGAAAUAGUGCGGUUUGCAUUAAAUCUCUCCCGGCUUUACUUAAGGAAAGCAGGGCUGCCGGCCUGUCUUCCUGUUUGAAUUCUUACCUACUGAGAUUAUCAUUAUCCUAGUAAUUGCAGCGUUGUGUGCUCAGCCAUUGAUUUGUAUAGUUUGUUUUAGGUUCUGGUUACCAUUUUUGUCCACUUUCAUUUAAUCUUUAUUAAUGCAUUUAACAUGGGUUAUUGUUUUGUUUUUUGGGAGAGGGGGGGGAGAUCACGUGCUGUUCUCUUCCCCACUACCAACCCCCAAACACACAAUGCUAGUUUUAUCCAUAAGUACUCCAGGGCAGUGGUUACUCCUGAAGCAUGUACAAAGAAAGAAGAAAGUAGGAAUUUGUGUCUCUUUUUUAACCAAUUGUGUCUUUAUUUUAAUGUUUGCCAAUUUGUAAAGACUUGAGUGAGGAUAGACAUGUAAACCCAUGGGUAUUCUGCUGUUUGCUAUAAUAAAAGAACUAGAUUCUGCUAGAA